AUGCCCGCCCCCGAGAUACCCAACCUCCUCAGUUCUCUUCGAAGCGCUCGCGGAGGUCGAGGCCGUGGAAGAGGGAGAGGCGGCCAUGCCUCCUCAUCCGCUACUCACGACUCCACCAUUCAAGGCACUGAUACAGAUGCCUCCGUCUCGAGACUAAGCGCCGUCGAUCUUGGAUAUCUGGAUGAUCCUUAUGCUCAGUAUUUUGUCCAGAGCUCUGCUGGCCCAGCAGCUAGACGACUGCCUAUCAUUAACAGAGGAACAUACACAAGAACAAUUUCUCUUGAUACUCUUAUCGAAUCAUUUCUCAGUGCGGAUCAAGGUGUUGAGUCAGGUUCUACACCGAAACAAAUUGUUUCGCUAGGCGCUGGUACUGACACACGACCCUUUCGACUAUUCGCUUCCAAGGCUCGCCCUGGAUUGGUCUAUCAUGAGCUUGACUUUGAAGUCGUGACAUCAAAGAAGCUACGGACUGUUCAAGCUGUCCCCGCGCUAAGAAAUAUCUUAACAAAUGUUGCACAACUAACAGAGCAUUCCUGGUCGAGUACACCUGCGGGAGGUGAAUACUAUUGUCAUGGUCAAGACUUGCGUAACUUUUCUCUGUCCAGGGCUUCAAAUGAGGAUCAUGAUACCCAAGAAACACCACAGGAAAAAUCUGAGAUUACUCUCCCCGGCCUUCGCACCGACAUCCCCACGCUGCUCUUGUCGGAGUGCUGCCUCUGCUAUCUCAACGGCACCGAAGCCUUAGACGUGCUCAACUUCUUCACAUCCCGUAUACAAAACCUCGCAACCGUUAUCUACGAGCCCAUCCGCCCAGAUGACGCAUUUGGCAAGAUGAUGGUGUCAAAUCUCGCAGCGCGACGCAUAGAGAUGCCUACGAUCAAGAUGUACCCAACGCCCGAGGACCAGCGAGCGCGGAUGAGCAAGGCCGGUUUUGAGACCGUGCAACAUAUGACAAUUGAAGAUAUCUGGCAGAACUGGGUAUCGCCCGAGGAGAAGCAGCGUGUGGAUUACCUGGAGGGGCUAGAUGAGGUUGAGGAGUGGAAGUUGUUGGCGGCGCAUUAUAUCGUCGUUUGGGCUUCAAGAGGGAGCGGGUUUGGAAAUUGGAGAGGCAUUCAGGUGGGGGCUUAG